GAGCCAAUGAACCAUCAUCCACAUGACACGACGCCCUCUCAUUUAAAAAUUUAAAAAAAAAUAAAAAUUCGAUUUUUAAGUCUUUUCCAAACACUGUCUUAAUCUCUAAAUCAGUAUAGUAUAUGUCACCUCACCCACCCCCAUUUUCACUCGUUUGACUUCCAUCCUUUGAUAUUUUCUUCCUCUGCUUUCUUCCUCAAAGGGUUAGGGCUAUACACACAUAUACAUACAUAUCUAUAUAUAUAUAUAUAUUCACAGAGAGAGAGAGAGAGAGAGAGAGAGAAGAGAGAGACUGUAGAGAGGGGUUUGAAAUGGAUGCCAAUCCUGAUGCAUAUACCAAUUCUUCUUCUUCUUCUUCUUCUUCUUCUUCUUCAUCAUCAUCAUCAUCAUCAACCAGUACUAGCAAUUCAAGAAGAAGGUAUGGAUUGCAAUUCCCGGCGCUGAGCUUCUUGCAAUCGCCGGUAUCCACUCUUCUCGAAUAUUCCGGCAUUCUUCGCCCGAGAUCGGACCAUCACGAGGCCGAGGGUUUGAUGGCCGGCGCCGAUGACCGCCAUUCGAGCGAUUCUGGUUCGGCAAGCGGUGACGGAGAGGUCUCGAUUAGGAUAAUCGGUGCCGGAGAGCAAGAACAGGUAGGGUUUGAUGAGAGUGAAGAGGCUAUAGGUCAGAUUGCUGGUGUGGCGGGUCCGAGGUUGGACCAUGAGGGGGGGAAUGGCGGUGAAUUUGGUGAUGGAGAGAGGGUUUCGUCGGCAUCGUCUCCGUCGGGGGGGAUCGAUACAGGAAAUGGAGAGGGAGGUGAUGGAAGUGGGAAUAGUAAUAGGGAUUCUUCGUACCAGAGGUAUGAUAUACAGCAGGUUGCGAGGUUGGUCGAGCAGGUUCUUCCCUUUUCGUUGCUCUUGUUGGUGGUCUUCAUUCGUCAGCACUUGCAAGGUUUCUUUGUCACAAUUUGGAUAACUGCCGUUAUGUUCAAGUCGAAUGACAUUCUUCGAAAGCAAACAGCACUGAAGGGUGAGAGAAAGAUAUCCAUUCUUGUUGGCAUCUCCACAGUUUUUAUGCUUCAAGUGAUUGGUGUUUAUUGGUGGUAUUGGAACGAUGAUCUUUUAUAUCCAUUAUUCAUGGUUCCUCCUAAAGAAGUACCACCUUUCUGGCAUGCUAUAUUCGUCAUCUUGGUAAAUGACACAAUGGUGAGGCAGGCAGCUAUGGCUUUGAAGUGUGUGCUGCUAAUGUAUUAUAAGAAUGGAAGAGGCCAUAAUUUCCGUCGGCAGGGUCAAAUGCUCACUCUGGUGGAGUAUACCCUACUGUUGUACCGUGCAUUGUUACCAACUCCUGUCUGGUAUCGGUUCUUCUUAAACAAAGAAUAUGGAGGCCUAUUUUCAUCACUGACUACAGGGUUGUACUUAACUUUCAAGCUUACAUCUAUUGUUGAGAAGGUCCAAUCCUUCUUUACUGCCUUGAAGGCAUUAUCAAGAAAGGAAAUCCAUUAUGGGUCUUAUGCUACAUCAGAACAGGUAAAUGCAGCAGGAGACUUGUGUGCGAUUUGCCAGGAAAAGAUGCAUUCUCCAAUUCUACUGCGCUGUAAACACAUUUUCUGUGAAGACUGCGUUUCAGAAUGGUUUGAGAGAGAAAGGACAUGCCCUUUGUGCAGGGCCUUGGUUAGACCUGCUGAUCUGCGAUCAUUCGGGGAUGGAUCAACAACUUUGCUCUUCCAAUUGUUCUAAAAUCCUGCAACGUGUCGAACAAAGUAUUGAUACAAAGUAUGUAUCUUCCCCUUAAAGUGCUGUUUUCCCCCCAAUUUUUAUUUAUUUAUUUAAAUCUCUUGCAUAGGCUUUAUUAGUUCUGAGAUUGCCUGGGAAGUUUCUUCUUGAAGGAAGGUAUCUCACCAGAAUUAGUGAAUGGAUUGAAAUUUAAUGUACCCCUUGGCCUUGACCUGGAGUGAUUUUUAGGAGGAUGAGAGGAUCCUCCAACCCCACUUCCAUAAUUUUUUUUUAGCCCUGGUGAAACAAAAAAUUGUGCUCUCAAAAUGUUGUAUACUUCUUAUUAUUGCAAAGGUAAUGUAUAUGAUGUUCAUUUUUAAUUUUUGUUA